CUCCAGGGGGCUCUGUGCCAUCUGUGCUGUUGUUGUGAGCUCCACCAUCUCCUUUGCACGGAUGAUGGCAGUAGAGAUUGAGAAAAUGAGAGCAGACUUCCGGAGGGUGAGGUCCUCCACCACCCACAAUCCGUACAACCGAGUAGUAGUCAGCCGAAAACCUUUGAAAGUUUGUGUGCAGAUUGGUCAUAUCAUUUCUUUAUUCAUUUAAGCGACACUCCUCCGCCAGCAUGCCUUCAGUGCAGAGUUUAACGAUGACUUAUGACUCCCUGAACGAGCACGGGACGUUCUCGGAGGGGGACACAAUAACUGGAAAAGUGACGCUGCUCUUAUCGAAGGACACCAAAUGCGAAAGCUUGUUUGUAAAAGCCAAAGGGGACGCUGAGGUGCAUUGGACGGUCAGGAGGGGCGAGCACAACCACACAUACUCUGCACACAGGAGAUAUUUCAAGCUGAAGCAGUUUCUGAUCCCGCAGAACGCCAAAGACACUGUACUUCCCCAAGGAACACAUGUCUAUCCAUUCAGAAUCAGCUUACCACAAGGAAGCAUGCCUUCAUCCUUCAAGGGGUGCCAUGGGAAGAUUGUCUACAAGCUGGAAGCCAAGCUGUCCAGGAGUUGGAAGUUUGACCGUAAAGUAGACAAGGAGAUCAAUUUUGUCUCCAAGGCCAUUCCAAACCUUCAACAUCUAAUGACCCAACAAGUUGGUUCAACCAACAAAGAGAUGUGGUUUUUCUCAAAAGGAGAUGUGCACAUGGAUGUCAUCGUUGACAGGAGGGCAUAUGCACCAGGUGAAACCAUUACGAUCGUUGUAAAAGUCAACAAUGCCUCGUCAAAAGAGAUGACACCGAAAUUCAGUUUGACCCGGGAUUUGGUGUACCGUGCUGUUGGCGAUACCAAACAUGAGAAAUCCGUUAUCCUCAAACUGUCCGAAAACACUAUUCAACCCAAGACACAGGAGGAGGUUAAGUGCAGAAUGACGGUUCCUCGGGGUCAGACUCAUACAAUCCAUAAUUGUGACAUUAUCUCAUUGGAAUAUUAUUUAAAGGUGUACCUGGACAUCAGUUUUUCUUCGGAUCCUGAAGUCAAGUUCCCUGUGGCCAUUAUUCCUAAUGAUCUAGCUCCAAGCCAGUUUCAUGGUCACGCUAUGGGUCCCUAUCCAAAUAGUGCUGUUGGGGCCCCAAGCAACAGCGACUUCCCUCCUCCAGCAGCAGCUAUGGGUCCUUAUCCUGCAUCCCCACAUGCAGGCAAUUAUGGAUACCCAAGAGCCCAAAGUUACUCAGUACCACCACCUGUGUACCCUGCUCAAUCGGCAUACGUGAGUGGGGGCUACAAUAACCCAGUGCCACAGCUGCCUUCUCCAUAUGGAACUCCAUUUUCAUCAUCGUCGUCGUCUUCCGUGCUUCACCCUCCACCUACUGCCCCAGCAUUUCACCCACCCCCAUACGCCCCAGAGGUCCAUCCAUCCCCUCCCUCUGCACCUGCCUAUGUACCCCCAACUGCUCCUAACAUACCCCCACCUGCUCCUGCAUACAACCUGCUGCCUUCUGCACCAAUGAUGGACACAGACUUCCUGUCUCAAACGGAUGAAGCUCCUCCAUCAUAUUCGCUCCUUUUCCCGCCUACUGAUGCAAAAUAAUUGAAUGUGUGCUGUGUUAUACUAACAGUUAGUUAAACAUGUAAUCUUAUUACAUAAAAUAACACUUUAUUAGUAGUGUGAAUGUAAAAUGUGAAAGCCAUUGUGUGCAUCAUUUACAGUUUGCAUGUGAACAAAUCUAUACAAGCGAUUUCAUAAUUGCUGACCCAAAGACCUAGGUGAUCAGGAUACACUGUGUAUUUUACGUGCCUUGUUUAAAUCUAGUCUCAAGUUUAUACCUGCACUCAAUACCUCACUCUGCUGUUUGAUAGCUAGCUGAAAGAAACUGGACAACAUGUACUGUCUCAAGAACAAAAUCGUUUUGUUUUUAGCAAUUGGUGGUCUAACAUAUAUACACUGUAUAUUUUCAAGUCUGUUGAGUUUAGCAUCAAAAGACUAUCUCUGUCUUUUUCAUUAGACAGUAUGGUGCAAAUCUGAUUUGUUAUAUAUUUUUUUCCGGUGUUCUUCUGAAUUCUGGACAUGAAUAAAGACUGCCAU